GUUCAAAACAUUUCGAAGUUGAUGAACGUCCACAAGACCACAAGAGUGUUUUUAAUGGAUUUGGUCUUUGUGAUUAAUUUACCUCAUAAAUGAUUAUUUAUUUAAUUUUAUUUCAUUAGAUUUAAUUAUUAUAUAUUAUUUAGAAAAAUUAGGACUACACAACCAUUUUUCCUUCUACCGGUGAUCACCACUAUCUCUUUCUGCGAACACACACAAACUCAAACAUGCAUACAUACACACAUAAAUGCAUGAUGCAUACAUGUCAAGUUUAUUAGAAAACUUGUCUGCAUCAAAGAAAUAUAAAAAUCAAUUACAACUCUUGAAACAAAUUUAUCCGGCUGCUAAUAAAGGUGAUUUGUUGUUAGAACUAAGGGUAUAAUUGUAAUUUAUGUUAGUUAGAUAGACAAACAAUUUUGUUAGUUAGUUAGUUAGAGCUUAUUUUUUCAUUCAUAUAUGUAAUUGUAAUUAGCUCUUAUUCAUUCAAUGAAAUAGAGAGAUCUUCAAUCCAUUUCUUUCUUUCAUUUUCUUUCAUCUCUAGCAUGGUAUGAGAGUGGGUAUGAUUUUCUAUACUUUGUUCUUUGUUCUUUCGAUGGUCGAAUCAAAUUUAUCUAGUUCUUCAGCAACCAUUGAUCAUUCAAGUCCAUAUUUCAUAAGUUCAUCUGAUAAUCCAAGUUCUUUGCUCGUUACUGCCCCAUUUGACAGUAAUGGCUUCAAUUCAUGGAAAUGAUCCAUGGUAAUUUCACUAUCUGCGAAGAACAAGUUAGGAUUCGUAGAUGGAUCAAUUCCAAAGCCUCUUACUACUUCUUCCAGUUACCCUAGCUAAUUAGUAUCUAGCUAAUUCUAUGGUAAUUAGUUGGAUUCUUAAUUCGGUAUCAACGAACAUAAUUGAGAGUGUUCUAUUCCUUCAAACAACCUCUGAAAUCUGGAAUAAACUCAAUCAUCGUUACCAACAAUCAAAUGGAGCUUCACAUUGUUCAGAACUUUGCUCCGUGUUCAUGUGAAACAACAAAUACUAUUCUAAAUUCCUCGAAGAACAUCGUCUUAUUCGGUUAUUGAUGGGAGUGAACGACAACUAUAAAAUUCUCUGUGGAUAAAUCUUGAUGAUGAAACCACUCCCAAGCGUUUCCACUAGAUAUUCUUUGAUCAUUCAAGAAGAGAAACAAAGAGUUUUUGGGUAUGAGCCCCAUUCCGUUUGGCCAAUUGGAGUUGUCACACUGACAUAUCUUACAGGUUUUAUACCUCUUUCCAAAGCAAAGAUCCUUGCAAGUACCGCUGUGUUCUGUACACCAUUCAUGAGGCAUAUAUGGACAUGGCUUGGGGUAACAGAAGCUUCAAGGGCAAAUUUCUCCUCUCUUCUAAAAGCUGGUUAUAGCUGCAUAAUAGUACCAGGUGGCACGCAGGAGACAUUUUACAUGGAGCAUGAUUCCGAGACCGUCUUUUUGAAAACAAGGAAAGGAUUUGUACGACUUGCAAUGGAGAAUAAUUGCCCAUUGGUUCCUGUUUUUGCUUUCGGUCAGUCGUAUGCUUACAAGUGGUGGAAGCCACGUGGGGAAUUGUUCCUGAAAUUCUCAAGGGCUAUAAGGUUCACACCGGUCGUUUUCUGGGGUAUCUUAGGAUCUCCUUUACCCUUCCGUCAACCGAUACAUGUGGUGGUUGGUAGACCUAUACAUUUCAAGAAAAACACUACACCUACCAUGGAAGAGGUUUCAGAAGUACACAUGCAGUAUGUGGAAGCACUUAAAGAUCUAUUUGAGAGGCACAAACUGAGGGCCGGUUAUCCUCAUCUUAAGUUAAGAAUUAUCUGA